AUGGCUUCGUCGAGAGCCCGUUUGCCUCGCGCAGGCAAACUAGGCGCUUUACUGCAAUCUCCGAAACCUUCAAUAUGUCCAUUUUGCUCCAUCACAUCAUCUGCCCGCCCACGAAUACGGACCCGUCGCGAUGCCCUCGCAAAACGCUUCGCUUCCACCUCUACGAACGCACGUGCCGAGCUUGAACAGCACCUCCUCGAUAUUCAGAAACUCGCACCUUCGCUGGUGAAUCUUUCAAGAUUACAAUUGGCUCUUCAAGGUCUGCGACAAAUACCAGGUCAAGAAGCUGUCAGGGUUGCAAUUUUGGGACUGGCUCCGGGUUCCGAUGCGGGACAGAGAGCAAAGGAUGUGUUGAGGGUGCUCAUGACGGAUCCGUUGCAGGAUGAGCAGGACUGGGAGCGCCAAUUGAAGGAUCAUGACCCGAAGAACCCUCUUAUUGUCCGAAUCCGAUCUACCGAAGAGCAGCAGAGUACUUUGACUGUCGCCAAAUCGAGUUUUCUCAGCGAGGUGAAUGUUUCGUCUGCCGAAUGGAACAGUCUUAACCUGGAGCUGCUGUUUAUGGAGACACAUCUGCCCGAAUUUGCCAGAGAUGAGAAAACGAGAGCUAUCGAGGUGGAGGAGUCUGUUCUUGUUCCGAAGGUCGCUAUUCCUUCAGCCGAGCAUCGAGUAACGCCAGUGACUACUCCAGUGCACCGGGCAAUUCUGGUUGGUGAUGGUUUCAACGGAGCUGUCAGCGUCACAUCAGUACCAGCCGAAGGAGAGGACUCGGUACUCAAAGUGGUGGAUUUAAAGGGCGUUGAUCCCAAGCAGCUCGAUGCACCAUUCGAGACCGUUAACGUAUCCGCCGCGGACAAGGGCCUAUCCCUUUUCCGUAAGAGCUCAAGCAACGCCAUCCAGUAUGAGCGACUUUGGUUCGACAGCAACAUCCCCGCAUUAACGACAUGGCUCAAGUCAGGCGUCAGCUCUGCAGACGAGACUACAAAGCCUGCAGUACGAGGAUUGAUCUCUUCGCUACUAAACAACGUCUUGGCAAGAUGCGAGCUUGAAAACCGCCGCGAAAUCAAGCACAUCUAUCAAGAGGAGGCCCCCGUUGGUGAAGAGCCUGCUUUCUCUCCUAGUCUGAACCGAGCAGUGGGUGAAUGGUCACAAAAUGCACAUGCCGAGCUACAAGAUGAGCUUGAUUUGGCGUUUACGGGCCGAAGAUGGCGGAAGCUGGGAUGGUGGCAACUGUUCUUGAGAGUGGAUGAUGUCGCUAUGCUCACGAAUGAGAUGCUGAACCAGAGAUUUCUACCUACAGCAGAGCGAGAGCUCGUCUACCUCGCUGGUCAGAUUGCUCAAGCUGCAAAUGCUGAUCAGAAAUAUCCUCAACCAUACUCUGCCGGCCGCCCAAACCAUGACCUAAAGCAGCUUACUUCAGGGGAGUUGGAACCCUUCGUGUCAGCCGACACUCGUCCAGGACUACCAAAGUGGCCUGGUCAUAUCGCCUUUACGCGACGAUACCUACAGAAUGAGACUGUUCCAGCGCUGCAGGCCUUGGCUCAAAGGCUUGUCGUCCAGUCUCUCGGUACUUCCGGCCUUACCACCUCCCUUGGAGUCCUCGUCUACCUCUCCGACUUCUCCAUCUUCGAGGCCGGCGCUGUAGCAGCACUAGGAGUAGCAUGGAGUGCCAGUCGCCUACAGAAGAAGUGGGAUGCCGCGCGCUCAUUCUGGGAGGGCGAAGUCCGCGAGGAGGGACGUAAAGCUCUUCGAGGUGUCGAAGAGAGUGUUGCAGUUGUCACCAACAGCGAGAAACCACAAGAACGUGUGGUUGUAGACCAAAAGGGGGAUGAGCUUAUCGAGAUCCGAGAACUCGUGGCCAAGGCUCAAGAAGCUCUUGGACGCAUGAAGUAA